GAAAUACUUUGGACUUGUGGCGAGAAAAAAGACGUGAAAAAUGAUCUCUCUCAGGAUGGUAUAGGAGAAGUAUUCUUCAAUUCUGACACAAAAGUUUACUGGGUAUCUUUCCUUAAUGGCAUGCAGAGAGUUCUUCUGUUCACUCAUGACCUUGCUCUAGCAACCAUUGCUCAAGAGGCUGGAGAAUUAGAGAGGAUAGAGCAGGAGAUCAACUUAAACAUUCAAGGAAUGGGAUUAUCCUUGGUUAACAACUAUAAACAACAAGAGGUGGCUUUCCUUGGAAUAACAAGUUCUGGUAUAAUCUGGGAAGAGAAGAGGAAGAGAUACAAGGCAUUUAACUUGAAGAAUUGUUUGGCCCUGGAGGCAGCAUACCAGAAAUAUGAAACAGAGAAGUUAGGUGGACAUACUCCCCCAGAUAUGUUGCGUAUUGACAAAAUGGAGGUAAACUUUAAGGAUAUGAUGAUGUUCAAACCAAAUAAGCGUAUGAUCCGCCGAAGUUUCCAGGAUGGUAUCUGGGUACAGUACAAGACGUCCCCACAUCAAGUGCAGUUUCAUGCUAAAAUAAACAGGGUGCAGCUGGAUAACCAGGUAGCAGGAUCAGUGUUCCCUACAGUUAUAUCACCAAUGCCACCUCCAAAAUCUGUUGCUGCUGAGAGUGUUCCAAAACCAUUCACAGAGAUCAGUAUGAUGUUGAGGAAACACGAGCAUAGUAAUAUAUCACAAAUGAAAUAUUUUAAGGUGCUAAUACAAGAGAUGCAGGUAAAGGUAGAUCAAGGAUUCCUUAACAAUAUUUUAGACUUGUUCAGUUCUGACCAGGAGGCUUCUAGAGAUCAAGAGAAACAACUUAUGGAAGAGGAUAUAGAGAGGACGGAGAAAGAUUUGAUCACGACGAUGGGCGUGUCUUUAGCUAGUGAACAAAAAAUGUUUUAUGAUUAUCUUCAUCUUUCACCUAUAAAGGUACAUCUGAGCUUUUCCCUACAAGGUGGCGGAGGAGGUGACGGUAAACCUACUCAGUUACAUUCUAACGUGAUCAAUGUGUUCUUACAAUCUGUGGGCGUUGUCCUCACAGACGUACAGGAUGUUGUCUUCAA